GCUAUCUUUAUUGGUUUUGGACCAGGAUUCAAGUUUCAUACUCAAGUUGAUCCAUUUGAAAACAUUGAAGUGUAUAACUUAAUGUGUGAUUUGCUUGAUUUGAAACCAGCCCCAAACAAUGGAACUCAUGGACGCCUAAACCAUCUUUUAAGGAACCCUGUUUACAGCCCCCACCAUCCCAAAGAAACAAGUCAUCCUUCUGAAUGCUCUGUGGUGGGACAAAGAGCCUUUUCAGUGAGCCUGGGCUGCUCCUGCAGGACAGCGGGCUUGCCAAUAAGGGAUUUUCAUCAGCAUUUAAAUCUCACUGAAACAGAAGUUAAGAAAUCAGAGAAGCUUACUUUGCCUUAUGGGCGGCCCAGGGUUCUGCAGAAGAAACAUAAUUACUGUCUCCUUUACCAUUACCGCUAUGUGAGUGGAUACAGCAAGGACUACAGGAUGCCUCUGUGGAGUGCAUACACUGUUAACAAAGAUGACAAAUGGGUUUCUACUGCAGAAGAUACCUCCAGCUGUUUACACAAGGAUGUUCGUAUUUCUUUUAAUCAUAACCAGACAUGUUUGUUUUACAACAAUCAUCCUCGCCUAACUUAUGGAUUCCUUUCUCCUCCAAAUUUUAUGAUGGAUGCAAAGAAACCUCACUAUGAUGCCUUACUUACGAGCAACAUUAUGCCAAUGUAUCCUGCAUUUAAAGUGUUAUGGAACUACUUCCAUCGAUCCCUGCUACCUGAGUAUGCUGCAGCCAGGAAUGGUGUCAAUGUAGUCAGUGGUCCUGUGUUUGAUUAUGACUCUGAUGGGCUCUAUGAUACCCCAGAAAAGGUGAAAAGACACCCCAAUAAUUCAGAAGUUUCAGUUCCAACUCACUUCUUCAUUGUGCUGACUAGUUGUAAAAAUACUUCUGAAACUCCUCUGGAGUGUGAGGGAUCUCUAGAUGCCUUGUCUUUCAUUGUGCCUCACAGAGAAGACAACAGUGAAAGCUGUGCAGAUGGCAAGUCUGAGUCCAUGUGGGUUGAAGAGAGAAUGAAAUUUCAUACCGCUCGGAUCAGAGAUAUAGAAUUAAUUACUGGACUCAGCUUCUAUCAAGACAGAAAACAGCCAGUAUCUGAGAUUUUACAGUUAAAAACAUAUUUACCAACUUUUGAAACGGUCUGAUUUUUCCUAUGGAAUGUUGUUGUCCAUUUCACAACUGAUUUGCAAAUAGACUGUUUUUAAUUAAUGAAAACAAUUUUUAAAAAUAAGCUGGGACAUUUAUUGAGAACUCUUGACCAAAAUGCCAGUAAGGAGGAGAGUGGGUACCAUAUUUGUAUCUCAGGGACUCCUGAUGGACUAUGUGUAUAGCACAGGAUGGCAGCUUCCGUCAUUCCCACUUGAAUGUGGUAGAACCAUGUCCAUUAUUAAAUGCUAACAGCAUUUGAUCGUCACAGUCUGAGACACGAACAAAAAAAUUGCAUUUUAUAUGCACUGGAGAGGGAGGAGUUUAUAAAGCAUGGAGUUAUGAU